AAUUGAAUAUAGCAUAAAAGUUCAGCAUCACCUGAGAACAAGUAAACUAAUGGUGCUGUAUCUUGAAAUCCUGAUAAUCUAAUCUCAGAACUAUAGUCUUCAGUAAAGUUGUUCGGAAUGUCGUUGCCAUCUUAAAGACAAGCAGUUUGGUUCGCAAUUUUGACGCUAGGUGACACUAAUGUGCAUGUAUAUUUAAUAUUAAUUUUCAAACUAGCUCCAUCUCACGAUCAAAUAAGAUAGAAAAUUCCAAGUCUUUGGCAAGUGGUUCAGAAAGUCGUUGGCUUUAUAAAGAAAAGCUGUGCAGUUCGCAAUUCCGCAGGUAGGUUACGGUAGUGAGCAUUCAGCGAUUCACUUCAUAUACCGUGAGGUCGCCAUUCACCGCUCAUGCUCUAUUCACCGCUCAUUUUUGCCUUUCUCGUACACUAAGUGUACUGGAAAGGCUAUAUGUUCACUCCAAAAAUGACUUUUUGAUAGAAGGCUCGGAGGGUCGAGUCACAUAUACCAAUCAACUCAGCUCGACGAAUUGAGGUGAUGUCUGUGUGUGUGUAUGUAUGUAUGUGUGUGUGUAUGUGUGUGUACAAAAAAAACUCACAUCACUUUUUGGCAGUAAACCUCAUCCGAUUUUAAUGACCAACGGUUCAUUCGACGCGGAUUCUGGUCCCAUUGUUUCCUAUUGAAAAUGGUUCGGAUCGGUCCAGCCGUUCCGGAGUUAUGGCCAUUUAGGUGUUCCGGAUCGGUACCCCAGGAAAGGGCCAGAUAUGAAAACGCUACAAACCCAUUCAUGCGACACAUCAAACCACAGCACUUUCGAAAACAUGAUGAACGGUAAACAGGAAAAUAGUCUCGGGCCAUUUCUGAACCGGUAGUGUUCCGGAACCGGUUCCGGGUGACCCGCCGGAAGUGGCCAAAUAUGAAAGUGAACCAAACCCUUCAUGCGACAUAUCAAACAUCGGAUUUUUCGAUAACCUGAUAAACAGUAGGCAGGAAAACAUUCUCAGACCAUAUCUGAACCGGUAGUAUUCCGGAACCGGUUCUGGGUGUUCCGCCGGAAGUGACUAAAUAUGAAAGUGAACCAUAUCCGUGCAUGCGACACAUCAAACAGCGGCUUUUUCGAUAGCCUCAUAAACAGUAGGCAGGAAAACAUUCUCAGAUCAUAUCUGAACCGGUAGUGUUCCGGAACCGGUUCCGGGUGAUCCGCCGGAUUUGGCCAAAUAUGAAUGUGAACCAAAGCCAUACAUGCGACACAUCAAACAGCGGAUUUUUCGAUAACCUGAUAAACAGUAGGCAGGAAAACAUUCUCAGACCAUAUCUGAACCGGUAGUAUUCCGGAACCGGUUCUGGAUGUUUCGCCGGAAGUGGCUAAAUAUGAAAGUGAACCUAACCCAUGCAUGCGAUACAACAAACAGCGGCUUUUUCGAUAGCCUGAUGAACAGUGGGCAGGGAAACAUUCUUAGACCAUAUCGGAACCGGUAGUGUUACUGAACCGGUUCCAGAUGUCACGACGGAAGUAGCCAAGUAUAAAAAUUAACAAACCCCUUACAUGCGACGCAUCAAAUCGCAAGCUCUUCAGGCAACCUGAUAAACGGUUAAUAAAAGAGAAUAGUUUCAGAUCAUAUUUGGAUCAACCGAUAGAGUUCCGGAACCGGUUCCGGUGUCCCGCUGGAAGUGGUCAAAUGUAGUAGAUAUCAAAACCCAUGCCUGCGGCACAUUAAACAGCGGCUUUUUAAAUAACGUGAUGAACGAUUAAUCAGAAAAUAGGCUCAGACUACAACGAAGAUCUUUAUAAAGGCUACCGAUAGUGCUCCAGGACCGAUCUAGGGUGUCCAGCCGGAAGUGGCCAAAUGCCAAAAAGAACCAAACCUAUGCAUGCGACACAUCGAACCGCGGUCUUUUUUUAAACCGUGAGGAACGAUUAGCAAGAAAAUAGGCGCAGACCACAAUAGAGGCUACCGAUAGUGAUGCAAAACCAGCAUUGGGUGCUUCGCAGGAACUUCAAAAAUGAACAAAGCCAAUGCAAGCGAUAAAUAUGUGUAAGAAAACAAAAUCUUGACUGUACUAAGGCCACAUACAUACAGACGUCUUACUCUACUCACUCUCCAUCGUCCUUGUUUUCAACGGUUGAAACAAAUAUGUAUUAAUCGUUGUUGCUUGUUUGACGUCUACUCACUACCAACAUCAAGCCACAGUGAAACGCAACCUGAUUAGCAUUUGGCGAUUAUUUUUUUCGUAACGAUGAAUAUAAUAUAUAUGUUACGAAUGAUAUGUCUGUUUGUCUGUACUAAAGCAAUCUCAUCAAAUCACUGAGGUGUAAAAAUAUACAGUAGGAUAGGUCAACCUUAUAUGAGAAAAUUAUCGCAUUAACCCCGGAGAAAGUUUUUUCAAUCCACUUUUCCGUCUAAAACUACUGGGAAUUUUUUUAUGGGACUUAGUAUGGGCAAUUUCACUUGCUUGCAUUUUUUGUCAAAUUUUACAUGAAUUGUGUAAUCUAUGAUGAUAAAAUAUAGCCUAAAGUGUGAAGAAAAAACUAUGUCGAAGACCGUAAAGCAGGGCUGUCCAACUACGGCCAGCGGAAUCGAUGAAUGAAACUUGGCCCAAGGAUUGAAAUAUUUGAAGAUAUUUCAUAUUUAAAUAAAAUUUAAUAUUAAAAAUAAACUCGAAAUAGGUAGUGUUUUGUUAAAAAAUUUCAAAGAUUAAAAAAUUUAAAUACAUAAAUUUAAAAAUUUUAAACUUGAAAUGUACAGCCAAAUUUGAAGCAGAAUUUCAGCAAAAUUUACUGAAUUUCAGAAAAACGUUGCUGCUGAACAGCAGAGUUUACUGAACGAAUCAGGAAAGUUUGCUGAAUUUCAGCUUAUUGUUUGCUGCAACCUGCAGCUCGGCAAAAUUCAGAAAAAAAGUAUUCAGGGUGAUUUUUGCAAAACAAUCAAGAAUUCUUGCUCACAUUUUAUGACCCAAAUGAUGUCAGUGUUGUGAUUUGCCGUGAGAACGGGUAAUCGACUAAUCGGAUGUACAAAAUUUCACUGUUGCAUUCGUGCUUUCGAAAUUUGAUGUCGAAAUUUAAUGUCUGGCCCGUCGACUGGUAUGGAGUAUCACUUGUGGCCCGCGGCCACGAAAGGUUGGACGUUAUAUCCUAGCUUGUAAUUAUCAUCUUGAUGUCUUCAGUGAUAGUGAAGGUGCUCAAGCAGUCAACUGAAAAUUCUGAUAUUUUUCAGCCCAGUCUAUACGUUUAACGUAACGUCGGAAUAUGUUCAAAUAAUAAAUUUCCCAAUUUUAUUGAAAUUAAUGCUUUUCUAAAUAAGGUAUUCUCAGGAUUCAGGAACAGUUCUCAUUACGUCGACAGAAAGAUCAUGCUUCGGAAUGAUGGCCCUAGCACAGAAACUAGCUUAACAAACAAUAGUAGAAGAUUCAAAAAACAGGACCGAAUUCUAAAUCGCCCGAAAGGUAGGAGAUUGUCCACAUCACGACGGUUUCAAACCGAACGGACCCAAUAAAUACCAAAACUUCCGUAUGACAUUUUUAAGUUAGGCUAGGCCAUCUUGACUAGGAAACCUUGACCGAAUGAACCCUUGAAAAGGCGCCAUACAGAUCGAAACGUCGGAAAAAAUCAUAAACUAGUGUUUUCGAUUGCCCCAAAAGGCUGAAGCCAACAUUCUGAAGCAAAAUCAUCCCAGUCGUAUCCCAACCAAGGAAAGAUCAUGAGUACAUGUUCGACGAGAAAGGCACUAUCACCACUAGGUGGAUUAAUCUGGGUUUUAUUGAUCAUAAUUAUUAUAUUAAAUAUGUGCUAACUAUUGUAACAAAAGUGAGUUCAACAUGAUGUCACAUCAAAAAUCUUUCAUUUUACCACAUUUUACUCUGGAUGUAUCUUAAGGACAAGGUAUUUGGAGUACAUUGCUCAAAAUUUCUAGAGCACCGUUUUAUAGAACCGUUGAACGAAUUUGGAUUAAAAUGCAUCACGCUGUUGACAACCACUGAACAAUUAGCGUGAUGCAUUUUCACAGUGCGCCACCAUAAUUGACACUUGUUUGUUGUUGACAGUAUGGCCGACCGAAAACGGCCCCCUGUGAAAUUCAACGAAAUUGCGUCGAUUUUAUUAAGAUUUUUUGUAAUCGCCAGCACGUUCAGAUACGUACUAUUGCGCUGAAAUGUUUAUCCUAUGAAAAUUCAAUACUUUAAAGCUAAAAAAAGACGAAUUUACUGAGCGGCAAAUGGUGCCGCCUUUCUAGCUAACGUAUCCUUUCACCGCUCACUGGAACUGUUUUUCACUCCUCGAUUUCAGGAUGAAUUCGAAUCGAAAACGGAAAACAUACUCCGAAAAUGAUAUCGAGAAGGCAUUACGGAUGACCAGGCAGGGUGUUUCCAUCCGUCAGGCGGCAAGGCAACAUGGAAUACCGGCUGAAACUCAUCGCGAUAAGGUGAGGGAGAAAUACCCACUUGGCGCAAAACCCGGGAAAGAUCCGGUUCUGAUAAAGCAGGAAGAAACAAAAAUAGUGAGUUGGGUAACUUCCAUUGCCCGAGCGGGAUUUCCUGUUUCAAUAAAACAGCUCCGCAUAAGUGUAGAACAAUUUGUAAGGCAGACCAGGAAGCACACUCCGUUCAGAAAUGGCAUUCCCGGAAAAAAAUGGGUAAUGCUGUUUUUGAAGAGACACCCGGAAAUAUCUGUCCGAACUCCUAGUGUCCUUGCGCGAUAUAGAGCAACAAUCACGAUGGAGCAGAUUAAAGGAUGGUUUAGUGAAGUACAUGUCUACUUAGAGCAAGACAACCUCAUACACCUCCUAGAUUGGCCAGACAGAGUCUUCAACCUCGACGAAACAUCCUUUGACCUAGUUGUCAAGAAGCGGAAGUGCUUGGCGAUGAAGCAAUCCAAGCAUGUUUACUCAGUAUUCGGGAACAAUGACAAAGAAAGCUAUGCUGCUCUCUUUACUGCAAGUGCCAGUGGUGUACUGCUUCCACCACUUGUGUUGUUUCCGUAUAAACAACGUAUUCCUGGUGGAAUAGCCCUGACCGCCCCUCCCGAUUGGGGAAUCGGAAGGACCGAGAGUGGAUGGAUGACCGGAAAUGCGUUUUAUGACUUCCUAAAAAACGUUUUCCAACCAUGGCUAGUAAGUAUCCCUCUACCGGUGCUUUUGUUUGUAGAUGGUCAUAAAAGCCAUGCAACCCUUAUGAGCACGAAUUUCUGCAAGGAUCAUGGGAUCAUUCUCAUUUGCCUUUUCCCCAAUUCAACUCACCUUACCCAACCGUUGGACGUAAGUUUUUUCCGGCCGAUGAAAUAGUAUUGGUAUGACGCGUUGUCGACUUUCCGUGCUUAUCAUGGAAUGCGUACCAUUGCAAGAACAGAAAUCUGUCCUUUGCUCAAAACAGCUAUCGAGGAAUUCAAUAAUAAGGAGCAAGUGAUCGUAAGCGGAUUCCGAAAAAGCGGUUUAUACCGUGGAACCCAGAGGCAGUAAACUUUGCUGCGAUGCCGACCAAUAAAGUAUUACGAAACGAAAAUACUACAGCCAUUACGGAUCCCGUUCAGGAAGAUAGAACCUUCUUCCACGCGUUUGAAGCACGUCUAUCAGCAGACCAGUUGAAAGAAUUUCGAAAACAAGAAGGGUCUGAAUGUUGGCGUGGAGCGACUGAAGAAACUAAUUUGUUUCAAUUUUGGAAGAAUUGGAAACGCGAAUAUGAAAACCAUAACGGAAGCGACGAUGAGAAUGAUUCCCGGGAUUUCCAGAAGGUGAAUAUUUAACAUAGUGAACGUACUUAACACGGUUUAAUGCUUUUUUAUUUCCAACCAUGCCAACUCCAUGCCGAGGUUCGGUGUUCCGAAUUUAUCUUCAGCUAUUUCUCAAGAGGUAAUGGAAGCUCACGAAACGGAUGGACCAAAUUCUGUUCAAAUGGAGCCGAUGCCUAGUCCCUCGGAAGAAGUAGCAUUUCGAAAUGCAUUUCCAUAUCCGGAAAAGCAAAUGCAGAAAUCAUCACGCCCCAAACAGAGCAUUCAUCUUCCAGCCGUUGCGACAAGCCAGGUCUUCAUUGACUAUCUGAAUGAGAAGGAGCAGGAGAAGCGAGCAAUUGAGUUGGGGAAGGUUCAGAAACGCAAAGACAGAGAGAAAAAGCAGGAGCGAGAAACUGAAAAGGAAGUGAAAAAAUCGAAUCGUAAACUGAAGUCCAAAAAAAUGUGCAUCAAAAUCGUCAAAGGAAAAGUAAAAUGUGCAAAUUUGCGUUUGAUAUUCUUUACCGAUGAGAAAAUAAAACUUACCUGUUUUUAUUAAAUCACUUUUUUUAUUGUUUCAUGCAAAAAUAAAUAAUUAAUUACAUGAGCGGCAAAUGGGUACAUCAUGAGCGGUGAAUGGAUCCUUCCAUUUUUGAUGGGCGGUAAUAGGGGUCAUAUAGCUGUAAUACUUUUUUAUUGUUUUGACGAUUUAGAAUAAAUGUUACUGUAGUUUUAUAUUUUUCCUACAAAAACAAUAGAAAUA